UUGGGGGUUUUUUGUACACCCUGUAUAUCGAAAUUCAUCGACGAUGUUCAAAAAUAACCGACAUUGCGACAAUGGAUUGCAAUUUUAAGGGUGCACAUUUUUCAGAGAUCCAAGAGUUACCACACAAUUUUUUUAUAACCACUUCAGGGACGCCGGCGUUUCGAACAAAGCAAUUUAAGCCUCCAGGCAGGAAUUGAACCUACGCCUCUGCGAAUCCGGAACAGUGUUCAAAAUAAGUCCUGAAAAAGAAACUUAUAUAUAUAUAUAUGAUUCCAAUUGAAAGGAAAAUAUAUCAGUUUUUCUAUUGCUAUCAAUGCAAUAUCAGCGCAAACGGAUACCUGCCAAUACCAAGAAGAAUAAAAGGCAUUAUAAUAUUGUUUCCAUAACACCACAAUAUAUAUCAACAAGCGUGGUUACCAAGCUAGUAUAGAAAUAUGGCGGCUCGAUCACUCAGAAUCUGACUAAGGAAUCAAACCUCUAUUUGACUUAACAUUUAUAAACUUUUUUCCAGUACGAAAUUAUACAUUGUGUCUUUGGAACUGUCUUUAGGUUCUACAAUGUCACACUCUCCAUCCAAGUCAAGGAUAAGGUAUCCGUAUGAAUAUAAAGUGACUGCAUGUCUGAGACUCACCGAGUGUCAGUGUGUCACUGUUUGAAUACAUCGAUUUGAUCAUAUAUACAUAUUACAAAUUUAUCGACUUGUAUAGUCAGUAUAGAGAAUUCGUGUAUCUACGCUACCUUUCGAAAUCAGAUAGUAAUUGAUGUUCAAAUUCUUCGCCUUUUUAAACCUGUCAUUGUCAAGAUGUUUAAAUGUAUUCUUCAAGCUUCAUGUAUUAAAAUGACAUGUUUAUAUAAUAGAAAGAAAAUAUAUAUUCUUACUCCUUUCUUUAGUGCUCUUGAAAAGCUAAAACAAAGUAAUGCUGCCAAACUGGAGUUGGAGACUAAGAAAAUGGAAGAGAGAAUUCGCUCUCUGAAAGAAAAAAUGGUGAAGGAAAAAGAAGAACGAGAACGUCUUGGUGGCUCUCGUUGGACAUCAGGACGAACUGGGCCAUUGACUAAGACUACCAAAAAAUCUCCAGGUUCAAAGAAGAACCACCUCAAUGGAAAUAAGGUUGCUAGGAAAAUAAAAGUUUUAACUGAUGAGCCAGUUGACCACUAUAUACAAAAAGCUCCAGCCGUAACUGUUGCCAAGGCUGCCGAAGUUAAUCUUUGUGGUCAAUGUGAAAAUACUGCAUCUUCAUGGCUUUGUCAUGAAUGCUCUGAGAGAUAUUGUGAUGCCUGUUUUAGUCAAUUUCACUUAAAAGGUGCUUUAAGAAAACACACAAAGACAAAAAUUCAGACUGAAGUUUCUGGAAAAACUAAGUAUCAACAAAAAUCACCCUCAACAUGGAGACAAGAUAAUUCAAUUUUAAGAUCACAUGGUGCAUCAACAGAUUCACAUCCCAUGGCAGCUGAUGAAGAACAUAUAGCAACUUCGUCUACUGAGGGUAAUGAUCACAUGAAUGGCUCAUCAUUAUUGAAUGGCAGUUAUGACGAAGAAGAAAGUGCCAACUCGUUUGCUCAAGCUUUACAAGAAUGGAGAGACCAAAAUAAAGCAUCUAAGACCAGUCCAAGAAAUCCCCCUAACUGUACAGAUACAUCUUGUGGAACCACGAACGAGUUGAUAACUGACCAAAAUGAUAAGAAAGAGUUAACGAUUAAGUUUAAUUCAUCAAUUUCCUACGGUGAUCGUUUGUUUUUGAAAAAAAAUCGCGAAAACAACCUAGCCUCGCAAAAAUUAGCAGAAACAGCAAUUGAGAGUGAAAAUAAUAAGGAAAGAAAAAGUAAAAAUAAAGAAAUUGACAAUGGACGAUCAGAUGUCUUACAUGAAGAAAAUAACGAACUAGCGAGUCCCUUCGAUCUAGACUAUAGAGAGAUGAUUCAAAAUGCAACAACAACAGAACCUGACCGGGAUUUCCCGAUUUCCCAGGAAAACAUGUCAUCUCACUGUGCUGUGUCGGUUAAAGAAAUUUUACCUCUUGAGUUGAGCAUUAAUCAGGACGAUCAAGGAAGCACUUGUGUUGUAGAGGAAUGUGAAAAAGCAGAAUCUGGUGAAAUUAGGCCAACAUCCAGACAUGGAGCAGUUACUAUUCGCGAAAUGUAUACAUCCGGAAGUUCCGAGGAUUUACAGCAAGCAAACAUUGCUUCAAACACUCACAAUUACGUGUCACCAUCGAUAACAGCAAAACCCUUCUUUUUAAAACCAUCUGGGAAGGCAAAGAAACAGCCAGUAAGGACUAUGUCUGCUGGACGUAAAAAAACACCACGGAAGGACGAGCGACAACGUAGCAUUCUUAUGAACAAAGAGACGCAAAGUCCCAAAAUGUCAUCGAUGAAAAAUAAGCAUCCUGGUAAGCAGUCCCCGGUACAUCAAGUCAUGAAUGAAAUAUCACCGAGCAUAAUUGAGAAUACGUCAAAGAAACAAUCGCCAUUGAAGAAAAAUGAUGUUCAUCAACGUCCAAGACCGCCAUCCAGAAAUAAUAGUAGCAACGAAACACGGGUUCCAACUCGGCAAGCAUGGAAACCUAAACAUUCCCAUAAGGAGUUAUCUUCAUUUUUCCUUGCCGGUGUGGAUAGAGAAAGUGAGGAUAUAGAACAAUGUGAAGAUGAACAUAAUGAAAGAUCGUCUUCAACUCCAAUUACAGAUCUUGGCCGGGGUUCUUUGUUACAAACGUGGAAUCCAGUCAAGAGUUUUACACAACUUACGACUCCCGAUUCAAUCGAUUUAUCAUCAAGUGUGGAGAAGAGCAUGUCAGUCCCUGAUGAACAUUAUGCCACAUCUGAACAUUAUGCCACAUCUGCUUCUUCUGAAGAAAAACAUCUUGAUAGAGGCUCUACCAAUUUAGACGAUCUCCAAUUGACUAGACCAAAAUUCCAAGAAUUAAAAGGUUUGCAUCGAAGUGUAGGAUCUAAAGACGAUUAUCGGAACAUUGAAGAGGACGAAUUACUGGAAUUGAAAGCACUUGAUGAUUUUGGCACAGGGGACCAAGAUGAUGAUGAUCUUGCAACUUUAAAUGAUUUAGCCUGGGAACUAGCAUCUUCAACAGGGAGACUUACACGAUGUGAGGAAGAUUUACCUUUGGAUAGUGAUGACGACAGUAUAGAAGAUAAAGAUGGCGGUUCGGGGCUUACCUCUCCUUGUACUUUGGAAAGAUCUUUUCGGGAGAGCAUCAUGGACGACUUUGAAGAAAUGGAGAGAAAAAUUAUGGAGCAAGAUCUCUGAUGGACCGUACACGUGAACUCGGUUUCCCAGAUUCAAUGCAGCGUGACAUGAUUUUGAGAAAUUAAAGCAAGGCGUGAGUCUUUAUAUGAAACCAAACGAGCUCUUGCUAUUAUCUAGAUUAUUACACCAGGAUCAUGUUCUUUACUCAUUUCAAUACCUCAAAAUCAUUUCACGCUUCGUUGAAUCCCGGCUAAGCGGGAGAUGUGGCAGCCCCCUAGAGCUGUAGUGUACAAGAAAUUACCUUGAAGAAGACUUGACAUUGUCCGCUUAUUAAAGUUAUUGUUUAUAAAUCAAAAUGAUUGUAUUUCAAAAAUUUAUAAAGCCUAAUUUUGCGCAUGUGUUUCGUUUAAUGACAUGUAUAUCCUCACGAUAACUGAAGAUUUUGUUUGUUGAUGGCCAGCAUGAACCAUCAACCUUAACAUUCUCUAGAAUGUACGUUGUUGAAAUUCUGCGCAUUGUGAGAUGUUUUACCCAGAACUCACAAAGCAUGAAAGAGAUUUAAUACGUUGAAGUAUCAAUGUAAGCUUAUUCAAAAACUAUAUUAAAGUAAACGAGCCUGGGUUUAUUGAGGCAUCUUGUCUAAGUAUAAAAAGGCUAGUAUUUGUAAUUCAAACGAAAUCGUUAUUGUACUAAUGUGCUGCUCGUUACACCAUUUGGAUCCCACUAGCGGUACAAUAUAAGGUUAAGAAUAAUUUGAAUU